CCGGGGCGGCGCCUCUGUUUCCUGCCCGGAAAGCCAGAUGCUGAGCGCCUCGCUGAGCGCCACCUCACUGGGCUAGACCACCUUGCUUUAGGAUUUCUACUGGCGGCAGCCUGCAUCGACAGCACCCUGGAAGACCCUCCAGCCACGCAAUGGAGGCAGUAUCCUUUGAGGAUGUAGCUGUGACCUUCACUGUGGAGGAGUGGGCUUUACUGGAUCUAUCCCAAAAGAAGCUCUACAGAGAUGUGAUGUUUGAAACCUUUAGGAAUGUGGCUGCUAUAGGAAAAACCUGGGAUGAUGAGAAAAUUGAAGAUGAGUUCAAAAACUGCAGGAGAAAUCUAAGCAGUGAAGAGGUAGCAAAAUGCUAUGAAUAUGAAUUAUGGUAUCAACAUGGAGAAAUGAUUUUCUGGACUACAGAUGAUAAUGUGAACACAAAACCAGUUGAUACAAAACCAGGUGAAAACCUUGGCUCUAGAAAUCCCCUGAUUGGUCAUUCAUCACCAAAUGUGCACAUCAUAGCUAACACUGAAGUCAAAUUAUAUGAAUAUCAGGGUUUUGAAGAGAAGCUGUCUGGCUGUAACAGAUUUGGGAAAACCUGCACUGACUUCCAGUCCUCUCACAAGCAUGCAAAGGCAAAUCCUGGAGAGAAACUUUAUGAAUAUAAGCAGUGUGGAAAAUUGUACUCCGAUUGCACUGAAGGAACCAACACUAAAGGGAAGCCCUUUCUAUAUGAGCACAAUGUGAAAGCCCUCAAUAUAGCCAACUAUGUUCAAAUCUGGGAAAGAAAUCACAGUGAAGUGAAUAUUUAUAUAUGUUCAGAAUGUGGAAAAGGUUUUACUCCUCACCAUUUUAUUCAGAUACAUGAAAGAGUUCACACUGACAAAAAACUGUAUGUAUGUAAACACUGUGGGAAAUCCUUCACUAAUAACACUUCAUUUGGUAAUCAUCAAAGAACUCACAUUGGGGAAAAACCCUGUGUAUUUAAGCAACAUGGAAAAGAUUUUAGCACACACAGUGAUUUUCAAAGGCAUGAAAGAACUCACACUUGGGAGAAACCUUAUGAAUGUAAACAAUGUGGGAAAGCUUUCAAGACACACAGUGAUUGUCAAAGACAUGAACGGACUCACACUGGGGAGAGACCCUAUGAAUGUAAGCAAUGUGGGAAAGCUUUCAGCACAUACAGUAAUUGUCGAAUACAUGAAAAAAUUCACACUGGGGAGAAACCUUAUGUAUGUAGGCAUUGUGGAAAAGCAUUCAGCAGACAGAGUAAUUGUCAAAUACAUGAACAAAUUCACACUGGGGAGAAACCCUAUCAAUGUAAGCAAUGCGGGAAAGCUUUCAGUAAACCCAGUGUCUGUCAAAGACAUGAAAGAACUCACACUGAGGAGAAACCCUAUGAAUGUAAGCAAUGUAGGAAAGCUUUCAGGACACAGAGUGAUUGUCAAAGACAUGAACGAACUCACACUGGAGAGAAGCCCUAUGAAUGUAAGCAAUGUGGGAAAGCUUUCAGCACACAGAGUAAUUGUCAAAUACAUGAAAGAAUUCACACUGGAGAGAAACCCUAUGUAUGCAAGCAAUGUGGGAAAGCAUUCAGCAGGCGCAGUAAUUGUCAAGUACAUGAACGAACUCACACUGGGGAGAAACCCUAUGUAUGUAAGCAGUGUGGGAAAGGUUUCAGCAGACAUGGUGCUUGUAAAAUACAUGAAAGAACUCAUACUGGGGAAAGGCUCUAUGUAUGUAACCAAUGUGGGAAAGGUUUCAGCAGACAUAGUCAAUGUCAAAUACAUGAAAGAACUCAUAUUGGCGAGAUAUCCUAUCUAUGUAAGCAGUGUGGGAAAGCUUUUGGCACACACAGUGAUUGGCAAAGACAUGAAAGAGCUCACAAUGAGGAGAAGCUCUGUGUAUGUAAGCAGUGUGGAAAAGCUUUCAGGACACACAGUGAUUGUCAAAGACAUGAAAGAAUUCACACUGGGGAGAAACCCUAUGUAUGUAAGCAAUGUGGGAAAGCAUUUAGCAGACAUAGUAAUUGUCAAACACAUGAACGAAUUCACACUGGGGAGAAACCCUAUGUAUGUAAGCAGUGUGGGAAAGGUUUUAGCAGGCACAGUGCUUGUCAAAUACACGAAAGAACUCAUACUGGAGAGAAACCCUACAUAUGUAAGCAAUGUGGGAAAAGUUUCAGCAGACACAGUCAUUGUCAUAUACACGAAAGAACUCACAUUGGGGAGAAACCCUAUGAAUGUGAACAAUGUGGGAAAGCUUUCAGCACACACAGUCAUUGUCGAAUACAUGAAAGAACUCACACUGGGGAGAGACCCUAUGUAUGUAAGCAGUGUGGGAAAGCUUUCAGCACACAAAGUAAUUGUCAAGUUCAUGAAAGAAUUCAUACUGGGGUGAAACCCUAUGUGUGUAAGCAAUGUGGGAAAGCUUUCAGCACACGAAGUAGUUGUCAAAAACAUGAAAGAACUCACAGUAGGGUGAAACCAUAUGUAUGUAAGCAGUGUGGGAAAGGUUUCACAACACAGAGGUAUUGUCGAAUACAUGAAAGAACUCACAUUGGGCAGAAAUCCUAUGUAUGUAAGUAAUGUGGGAAAGCUUUCAGCAAACAGCAAUUGAGAAACCCAUAAAAGAACACAUGGGAGAAAAUCUAUGUAAGCAGUGUAGAAUAACUUGCAGCACAGUGUUUGUCAAAGACAUGAAAGAAUUCAUUGGGGAUAUAUCCUGUGUUUAUAAGCAAUAAGGAAAAACUUUCAGUACAUACUGGUAUUGGCAAAUACACGAGUCAUUUAGGAUAUAAAUGUGUAUGUAAGCAACAUGGAAAAACAUUCAAUUAUGCUAGGAAUGAUCAUAGACAUUAAAAAACUUAGAGAAAGUGACAUUUGAAUAUAUAAAGUGACUUGCAUUGACCUGACCAAUGGAGAGAAAUCCCUUCUUUGUAAACAAUAUGAAAAAUUUAACCCUAACCUUAACUUCACUAACCUCUCAGGCCAGGCUUCUUUUUUGUUUUUUUUUAACUCAGGAUAUUUGGUUGAGAGUUGUGCUGUAAUCUACCUGAGUCCUCAGUUAUGGGAUUAAUAUUCCUGUGUAUGUUAUGUUGGUUUUCUUCGUCAUACCUUCACAAAUGUGAACAUAAAACCACUCCUCUCAAGAAUAGCAUAGGAUUUUACAUAAUAAGUAGGAUAACUGCUCAUUUGUUAGCUUGUAUGCCUGUGUUUUCUUUCUCUGGGUGUCUAAUCUACUCUUCUGAUGCCCAGCGGGUAGACCACUGCUUGUUGGAUGUCUAGAGGCCUGGUGAUUGCAGUUGUGCUGCUGUUUACCAUGCCCAUACUGAAAAUGUUCUCAUUUUUUUCUGUUAGAAUGUGGACAAACAUACAUAAAUCCACAGUGACUUUCCACAUGGUAAUUUAGUAUUUAAAUAUUUUUCAAUAAAUUUAUUUUCAAAAAAGUUUCUGGUAAUAAUAAUAAUAAUAUCGUGGGAACACAAACUUAUAACUGGGCCUUGGACAGUAGUUAAGAAUAGCCAGGUGAAAUCCUAUUGGACUUACCCUUGUCUUCUCCUUGGAUUACCACUCUAUUGCUAUUUUUCCUAAGUUACCAUGUGUUAUUGUCUUUGUGCAGUAUUCUUUCAGUUUUGACCUACUGAAAUGCUCAUUGAGUAAUAUAGAAAUUAUGCAGACAGAUUUUAUGUGGAUUCUUUGUCUCACUGUAGUUCAUAUGUGCUCAUGUCUGAGGUCCAAAUGCUUUCUCAUCCAUUACAAUGGUUACAUGGUUGAAGCUUUUUCAAGUUUAUAUUUUAUAGAUGUGGUUUUCUUUUUUUAAAGAAUCACAUUUGUCUUCAGAAACAACAGCACAACAUAUUUUCUGAACAUUGGAAUAAAAUCACUGGUCUGUAGAUUUUGUUCCCCAAAGUAUAGGAUAUGACUGUGGAGUGUGUCAUUUGAUCAUUUAUUCUUUCUUAAGUCUACUUCCUAGUAGACUCCACCAUUCCAUUUCCUUUGGCUAUAUCCUCAACCAAGGUCAUGGAUCUUGUUUAUAUUUAGUGUUUUCUCGAAUUAUAUGUUUUAUUUUUCUUAUGUGUUCAUUGGUUUACCCACUACACAUAUUCUUUUUAUUGUAUAAAGUGCAAAUAUAUAUAUUUUUAUUGUCUCUUUUACCUCUCUCAAUUCAUAUAGAUUUAAAUUUCUCCCUGUAAUUCUGAUGGCUUCAUGAUUUUCUAAUGGAGAAACAUUUUUUUCACAUCCCAAAGUUAUUUGACUAAAUUCUCAAAGUAUUUAAGUUUAUUGUUAGCAUUCCAAAAUGUAACUUAAUUAUACAUGGACUAUGAAGAACAAAGUGCAUGUUUUAGUGUAUGUACCUGCUUGUCCCUGCCUCCUAUAUUAAACAGAUGGUUAUUUCUGCCAUUUUGUACAGUAAGAGCUCUACCAUGAAUCAAUACUUACAUGUAAGCCCAUCAAAGAUUGUCUUCCUCUUCAUUCUCACUUCUAAUAGAUUUUGAAUCUCAUAUAUAUUAACCAAUGUGUCACCUUCUUUACUGGUUAUUGAACAUUGUAAAACAUUUGUUAUAUUGAACAGUUCUAGUUAUUUUUGCCAAAUCAAAGGUGAGAUUUGGAUGUGACAAAAAUUUGUCUACAAUUUUUCCUAUUAUUAGUGCUUAUUAGUUUAAAAUAUUGGUGUUCGUUACAUAUAUAUUUUGAUCACAUCCAAUCCCCUAUUUCUCUCCUUUAUGGCACCUUAUAAAUGUUUUAUAUCUGUGACAUGUGACCUGUCUUUGUCCUUGAGCUAUAAGAUCAUGUGUCUUCCUUGGUCUAAUUUAAUUGUUCUUAGACAUUCUGUAAUAAAAACUAAUAUUUUUAACAGUUUAAAAUAUCAUUCAUUAAUUUUCCUUAGUAUUCAAUUAAGGUUUUGCUUUGCAACCAGGUUCAAGUUUCAAAAUUCUAUCUAAAUGCAGUCUGGGAAGUAAGGGAUCAGUUCCUAAAUAGUUGAGAAAAGACAUUUUCUAUGAUGUCAGAGCCAUCCAUUAUGUAUUUUUCUACUUGAGUUUUUUACUUAGAUGCCAAUCACAUCUCCCUCUAUGAACCAUGCUGUAUAAACAGUAGGUGUAGAAAACUGAGGUUAACCAGCAGGAGAAACAGUUGUGCCAUUCUGCUCUUGCUUUAGCAAUGAAUUCUAAUGUAGCACCAAAUCCCUGUGUGAGAUUAUGUUUGAUGACCAAGACAUGAAGUAAAUAUUUGGAGGAAUCUGCCUCAUUUCAGCUUGUGAGUAGAUGUGAGAUGUUUCAGAUGAGUCUUGAUCAUCUUCCUGGAUAUUUAUGUCUGCUGAUUUAGGAGGCACUGACCUGUGAGGAUGUGGCCCUGAACUUCACCAUGGAGAAGUGGGCUUCCCUGGAUCCAUCUCAAAAUAAGUUCUAAAGAGAUGUGAUGUGGGAAACCUUUAGGAAUGUGUCUUCAGUAGGUAAGGAUGAUUUUCUUUUUUCAUUUAUGCAAGCAUUGGUUAUUUUGGGGAAGCAUUGGCAUUGUUCAUCAGUGCAGUUUCCUUAAGUGGAAUAUGGAAACAUUUCUAUGUACGGUCACAUGUUCCUUAAAUAGAACUUGAAUCUCUUAAUUUUUAUGUAAUGGAGUAAUUCAUCAUUAUAUUUCUGUUUCUAUACUUUAGAAAGAAACUGGGAUGAUGGCCACAUUGAAGAUGAGUACAAAAAAUGCAGUAGACAUCUAAGGCAAUUUGCAGCCACAACAAAAAUACUUCCUCAAUAGUAUGUGAAUAAAAACAUUAAAACCAAACUAUACAGGGCCGGGGAUGUAGCUCAGUGGCACUGCACCUGUCUGGCAAGUGCAAGGUCCUGAGUUCAAUCCCUGAUACUGAAAAAAAACCUACAAAUUAGGCCAUGUUCAGAUUUCUUCAGUCUUACAGUAUUUCUCCAAAGAUGCACAGAUGUUGAGUAUCUACAACCUGAAAAUAUUUGAAAUAUUCCAACAUUUGAAAUAUAGGAGUGCUGAUAUGACACAAAUGACAUUAUCUAUUGUAUCCGAAUAAACAUUUUCCAAGCUCAAGAUUAUAAAAAUGUCUAAAUUUCAUUUAGACAUUGAGUAUAUGUGUGUAUAAUAUAUUUUUUGGCUAGGAGCCAAGGUAGGGAUAUAUAAUUAUAUAAAUUUAAGUAUUUUCUAAAAGCCACUUUAUGAAAGACCACAUCUAUGAAAAUACUAUAAAGACUACAUCUAUGCAAAUAUCAAUUUAUGUAAGGAAUAGUAUAUGUAUUUAAAUGUAUAGCAAGUUCCUGACUUAUGAAUGACUUCCUUUCCAGGAAAAUGUUCAUAAGUCAGAUUCAUUUAUAAGUCUGACAGUGAAUCUUAUGUACCUUUGACACAAAUAUACAAGGUAAGGCAUUAAAAAACCAAACACCAUAAAUACAGUAAGUCCCUAACUGUACUAUACUACUGUGCGCUAUCAUACUGUGCAGUAAGCACACAGCACAACUGUCACAAUGUUUGAGAGACACGUGAGCUACUUCUGCAAUUUGUUUGGAUCUGGGAAUGUUCAUAAUGCAAGGUCCAUUUGUAUCUCUGAAUAUUUGCAACUUGAAUGUUUUAAGUUGGGGACUUACUAUACACAAUCAGUAUUUGCAAAAUUGUUAACCUUAUGGGAGUAUUCAGAAUCCAAGUGAAUGCCACCAUUUUGAUAAUAACUAUUCAAAUAAUCUUCCAGGACUUUCAAUUCUUUCAUAUUCCAAAAUAUUAGAAUGCACCUUCCUAUAUUGUUGCUGUGAAGAUCAUUCUGUCAUAGCAUCUGUAAAAAUGUGAACACACUUUCCUCAAACAAUAAAAAUAGAAAUUC